AUGUAUCAUUCAGUGUCUCCCUCUCUGAUGAUUCUUCUCCCCCCCUCAGAUGUGUGUCUGGCCUCAGAGCUGUCCUUCCUGCUGGAGCCCAGCGAUGUGAUCGCAGUGAGGGACCGCCCGCUCCUGCUGGACUGUGGGGUGACGGGCGAGGAGCCCAUCAUGGUGACGUGGCGAAAAAACGGGGUUCCUUUCCCCGCCAGCCAGCGGGUCCAGGUGCUGGCCAAUGGCACGCUGUUCAUCCAGAGCUUCCAGAAACGCAGAGAGGGAAGCGACGCGGACAUGGGCGAGUACGAGUGCGCCGCUCAGAACCGCUACGGCAUGAUCGUCAGCCGCAAGGCCAAGGUCCACUUGGCAUCUCUUCCCAAGUUCCACACCCACCCUCUGUCCAUGUCUGUGGACGAUGGAGGCGUAGCUCGCUUCCAGUGUCAGAUCAACGGGGUUCCUGAGGCCAACAUCAGCUGGGAGAGGGGCCGAGAGGGCCUCAACACCACCGACAACAGAUACACUCUCCUGCCCAUGGGUGUUCUUCAGGUGUCAGGCGUGAGGCAGCAGGAUGCCGGAGUGUUCCGCUGUGUUGCCACCAACAUAGCUAACACCCGCUACAGCCACGAGGCCAUGCUCAACAUCACUGGUGGGGCUCCCCGAACCUACAAAGAGCCGUUCAUCCUGUCCGGACCCCAGAAUCUGACCAUCACUGUCCAUCAGACGGCCAUCUUGGAGUGCAUCGCCUCAGGAAACCCCAGGCCCAUUGUUUCCUGGAGCAGGCUAGACGGGCGCUCCAUCGGGGUGGAGGGGAUCCAGGUCCUGGGGACGGGGAACCUGAUGAUCUCAGAUGUUUCCCUGCAGCACUCCGGGGUGUAUGUGUGUGCUGCCAAUCGGCCCGGCACCAGGAUGAGGCGUACUGCCCUCGGUCGACUCGUGGUACAAGCUCCUCCUGAGUUCCUGCAGUGGCCGCAGUCUGUGUCCCGACCAGCAGGGGGCAGCGCUGUGUUCACCUGCGUGGCCCAGGGGGUCCCGGAGCCCCACCUCAUCUGGCUGAAGAACGGCAAGGUGCUGGUGACCGGGAACAACGUCAAGCUGACCAACAACAACAGCACCCUGGCUCUGACCCGGAUCAGUUCUGAGGACGAGGCCAUCUACCAGUGCAUCGCAGAGAACAGUGCCGGCACCAACCAGGCCAGUGCCCGGCUGGCCGUGGCGCAGCCCAAAGACCUGCCGAGCGCCCCCCAGGGCCUGAAGGCCAGCCCGCUGACCACCAGCAGCCUGCAGAUCUCCUGGAUCCAGCCCCCCCCCAACGUCACUGACAGCAUCAUCGGAUACGUCCUGCAUAUCCGCAAGAUAGGAGAGCCGGACAGCCUGGAGCUGCAGGAGGCCAUCAGUAAAGAAACCUUCCAGCAUGAUGUGGCCAACCUGGAGCCCGCCACCACCUACUCCCUGUACCUGAAGGCCUACUCUCCUCUGGGAGCCAGCCAGCAGUCCCUCUCUGUGGGGGCUACAACUCUAGGGGGCGUGCCCACACCCCCCACCUUCUUCACCAAGGUGGUGAACUCCACGGCCGUGCAGGUUCUCUGGGAGCUGCCCAGCAAGGCCGGCAAGGCUGAGGGCUUCAGGCUGUCCUACCGCAGGGUCCCCCACGCUGACUUCCAGGGGCCCGUCCAGCUGCCCUGUGACAUCAAUGCCCACACCAUCUCUGAGCUGGAAUCGGGUGCAGUGUAUGAAGUGAAGUUGGUGGCCUACAACGGAAACGGGGAGAGCGACUGCUCCAAGAGACUGGUGUCUCUGGCAGAGGAGGCCAAGAGCGCCCCAAGCCCCGCAGAGAACAGCCUGUGUCAGUGCAGGGGGGGGGAGGCCUCACUCGGCAGCAUCGUCAUCGGCAUCCACAUCGGCACCGCCUGCAUCAUCUUCUGCGUCCUCUUCCUGCUGUUCGGGUACCGACGCAGUCUGUUCUGCAGUAAAGGGACUCAGGACAACUGGUCUGUACCGAGGGACAGCACAGGACACAAUGGGGUCCCUAAAGACGGAGCACACCGGCCCCGAGUGGAGCCCCCGCCACAGGUGGUCUGUCCGGCGCAGUACCAGGUGGUCAUCGAGCAGCACGGUUCAGAAACUACUUCCUCCACCAGUGUCAGUGUACUGUGCCAGUCGCCAACUAGUCCAGAGAGUGCUCCUCAGGAUGACUUCCAGGGAGUGUAUAACCGUGGCAUGGCCUGA